GUGAGGGCUGAGACCGCGCUCCCGCCGGCCAGUUCCCAGCAAUAGCGCAUCCUCCCUGCUCCGCGCCUUCGCUCCGGACCCGCGUCGUCGCAGCCCCGCGGUGAUGAGCCCCGAGCCGGUCCCGCCGCCGCCGCCGCCCCAGCCCCAGUGUCCUGGCUGCGACCGCGCGGAGCCGAUCGCCCAGCGCUUAGAGGAGGGCGACGAGGCCUUCCGCGCAGGCGAGUACGAGAUGGCAGCCGAGCUCUUUCGCUCCAUGCUAGCCGGGCUGGCGCAGCCGGACCGCGGCCUGUGCCUGAGGCUGGGGGACGCACUGGCCCGCGCCGGCCGCCUCCCCGAGGCCCUGGGCGCGUUCCGCGGCGCCGCGCGGCUUGGGGCGCUGCGGCCGGAGGAGCUGGAAGAGCUGGCGGGCGGCCUGGUGCGCGCCGUGGGCCUGCGCGAGCGGCCGCUGUCCGCGGAGAACCCGGGCGGCGAGCCCGAGGCGCCCGGCGAGGGAGGGCCGGCCCCGGAGCCCCGCGCGCCCCGCGACCUGCUCGGCUGCCCGCGCUGCCGGCGGCUGCUGCAUAAGCCGGUGACGCUGCCCUGCGGGCUCACAGUCUGCAAGCGCUGCGUGGAGCCAGGGCCCGCGCGGCCGCAGGUGCGGCGCGUGAACGUGGUGCUGAGCGGCCUGCUGGAGAAGUGCUUCCCGGCCGAGUGCCGGCUGCGCAGGCUGGCAGGCCAGGCGCGGAGCCUGCAGCGCCAGCAGCAGCCGGAGGCCGCGCUGCUCAGGUGCGACCAGGCCCUGGAGCUGGCUCCUGAUGAUAAUUCAUUAUUGCUGCUGCGGGCGGAGUUAUAUUUGACCAUGAAGAACUAUGAGCAAGCUCUCCAAGAUGCCAGUGCAGCUUGUCAGAGUGAACCUCUCUUGAUUAAGGGACAUCAAGUAAAAGCUCAGGCUCUUUCUGGAUUGGGAAGAAGUAAGGAAGUGUUAAAGGAAUUUCUCUACUGCCUUGCUCUGAAUCCUGAAUGUAACUCUGUGAAGAAAGAAGCACAGAAGGUAAUGUGUGAAGUGCUGUUUUCAGCUACAGAAAAUGUGCAUGAAAAUUUAACAUCUUCCAUCCAAAGCAGAUUAAAGGCUCAGGGUCACAGCCACAUGAAUGCCCAGGCUCUGCUGGAAGAAGGUGAUGCAGGGAGCUCGGAGAACUCAUCUGAGAAAUCUAAUAUGCUUGGAAAUACCAAUUCUUCAGUUUUGUAUUUUAUACUGGGUCUACACUUUGAAGAGGAUAAAAAGGCGUUAGAAAGCAUCCUUCCAACAGCACCCAGCGCUGGCUUAAAGAGACAGUUUCCGGAUGACGUGGAGGAUGCACCUGACCUGAACGCCCCUGGAAAAAUUCCCAAGAAAGAUCUCUCACCUCAAAGGAGCCCAAACUCUGAGACAGAAGAAAGUCAGGGGCUCUCGCUUGAUGUAACUGACUUUGAGUGUGCCCUCUGCAUGAGAUUGCUCUUUGAACCUGUCACUACGCCCUGUGGACACACAUUUUGCCUAAAAUGCCUUGAGCGCUGCCUUGACCACGCCCCACACUGUCCUUUGUGCAAAGACAAACUUUCGGAAUUAUUGGCAAGCAGAAACUUUAACAUAACUGUUCUGGCCGAAGAAUUAAUAUUUCGAUAUUUGCCGGAUGAAUUGUCUGAUAGGAAGAGAAUUUAUGAUGAAGAAAUGUCAGAGCUGUCAAAUCUGACCAGAGAUGUCCCCAUCUUUGUGUGUGCCAUGGCCUUCCCCACGGUCCCAUGUCCACUCCACGUUUUUGAGCCCCGCUAUCGGCUUAUGAUAAGAAGAUGCAUGGAAACUGGCACCAAGCGGUUUGGCAUGUGUUUAUCUGCUGAGCACGCAGGGCUUUCAGAGUACGGAUGCAUGCUGGAGAUUAAGGACGUGAGAACGUUUCCUGAUGGAAGUUCUGUUGUAGACGCGAUUGGCAUCAGUCGGUUCCGAGUGCUAAGCCACCGCCACAGAGAUGGCUAUAACACAGCAGACAUUGAAUAUCUUGAAGAUGAAAAGGUGGAGGGUCCAGAGUAUGAAGAACUUGCCGCUCUCCACGAUUCUGUGCAUCAACAGUCUGUUUCCUGGUUCGCGUCUCUCCAGGAUCGCAUGAAAGAACAAAUUUUAAGUCAUUUUGGGGUAAUGCCAGACAGAGAACCUGAGCCUCAGAGUAAUCCCAGCGGCCCUGCCUGGUCCUGGUGGAUCCUGGCAGUGCUGCCCCUGGAGCGCAAGGCUCAGCUGGCCAUCCUCGGCAUGACCUCGCUCAAAGAGCGGCUCCUUGCCAUCCGACGGAUAUUAGUCAUCAUCACGCGUAAGAUGAAUAGUCGGCAAGAGCUGGCUAAUGCCAGGGAGAGAAAUAAUUGAUUUUUCCCUCUGUCAAGGUUUCUGGCAGCCCUUGUACUUUUAUAAAUGUCAGGCAUGGACGAAUAGCCGUCCAUUCAUUGUGCUUUGUCAAGUGCUUGUGGAUGAGGUUCCAAAAUGGGACGCUUGCCAAACAUUGAGUCCUCCUCAAAAAUGACAAUUCUGUGUCUGGUGGGAUCUGACCUUGUAUGAGGUUAGCCUGAAGUCUGAAUGGAGCCCAUAGUUGGAAAACAACCUAAGAAAAUCUCUUAGAAGCAGGUGCUUGGGGAAUGCAGUUCACUGACAGCACAGGACCCUGCAGAUGGUUUACAUGUGGUUUGGGUUUCACGAGAAAGAAGGAUUCGCUUCCCAGUCAGUAUCUGGCUCUGCCAGAUGGUAAAGGCAUGCUUUAGUGUAUAGACAAUAUGGGGGAACCACGUUUUUAUCUGGAAGUGGAUUUCUUAGAACACAGGCUAACCAAAACUACGCUUAGGCUUUGCGUGUUGCUGUGAAGUUGUCUGUGAAAUCGAAUAAUCACACCAUUGUUCAGUGCAGGAGCCCAAACUAGUCCUUACCCAAGAAGUAGUAGCCUCUGGAUAGAACUGUGUUUAAUGUCCUGUUGUAGUCCCAGGUGUUGUAAAUUGCAUGUUGUAAUCAAACGAAUGUCAAAACAUAAGAAAGUAUACCUUGGAUAUAGAAAAACCUGAGAACAGUAUCAUUCACUUGAGGAUAUAUAUAUAUUUACACACAAUAAAGUGAGUUAAAAUUGUAUAUGCAUUGGGAUGUCAAACAUAAAACCACCAAGUGCAAAGAAUGCUUUGAAAGUAGAACCUUGUCUCAUUGAUCAGUGGUUACUAAGCAUUUAGGAAACAGUCAUCUUUUUCUAUUGGGAUUUGCAUUAGAAAUUAGCCCCAUCAGUAAAUUUCAGUUUACUAUCCAUUUAUUAAUAUACAAAAACAUUAAAAAAUCUGCCAUGCCAUGGUAAUCUAUCUAUUCCAGGAAAAUAGAUCAGAAUAUAUGAAGGGAGGAUGGCCAGUAAGGGAUGUAAAUAUUUGGUAAGUUUUUCUCCAACACCAACCUAAAAUUAUCUUUAUUUUUUUGAAAGAAAGUUUUACGGUGAUCAGACCAGGUGUUAUCUGUUAAAGGGCAGUAGUAUGACUUCCAUCCUGUAAUGCACGUUGGUGAUAUUGAUUGGAAUAACUGUAUCUGAGAUACUCAUAUGUUCCCUCUGGCCCAACCAGCUGGUGCAUUUGGUUGGCUUCCUCAUCUGUAAGGUGGACAUUCUUAACCAGAGGGUCACGACCACAUCACAGCUGCAAGUUUUGCUUUGUUCAUUGAAGGUGAUUUUUUAGUUUUAAAAUAUAUAUAUCUCAUAAUAUACAAUGUUGAUGGUAUAUCAAUCCAUCAAGCAAUUUAUUAGAAAGACUUUAUAAUAUUAUUAAUUUUUCUUUUAGUUUUCAGUAGAUAAAACUCAGUCUCAUCAUGGGAGUUAGAAAAUACCAGCAUCACUUAAUUGUAAAGAGAAAAUGUGAAAGUAUUUUCCAAUCCAAUGUUUCAAGUGCCUCACUUAUUGUGAAUCUCAAAUAUCAUCUUGAGAUGGUUUAAUGGCAGUUUGGCCAAGUGAUUUCUAAGAGAGUUUAUUAAUUUAUGCAUUAACAAUAGUAUUCAACUUUCUUAGGCAUUAUAACCUAACCCGAUCAUUUGAUUGGAAUAACUGAAUCAUUCAUUGAUUGGAAUAAAAUAAAGAAAACAAAAUGCAUCUCACAUGCCAGAAGACCUUUACCAGAAGUGGUUCAUGAAAAUCAGUAUGCAUUGACCAUUCUCUGCCUUUCCCUUUUGGAAAAUUUUUUUGUACCUUCAUAUCACAGCUGAAUAGUUAUCAAUGCCGUUUCCAUUUGGAAGUGUCUAAAUAACCACAAUGUGAUCACAGCUUCUCCACGAGCCUUCCUGAAGUUAAGCUGGUAUGCUUGCUAUAAUACUUGGAACCUGUUGCUUUCUUUUCCUCACUCUUUAAAUGUCAUAAGGUCACACAGUUUUUGGAAUCAGAACUAUUCAGUUAUUUCUUCAUGAUUCUGCCUGGCUUUCUGAGUCUUCUCAUUUGGCAUGUUAUGUAAAAGUCUGAACAACAAUGAUGAUGCAUACGAGAGCAACAUACGUUUUUAUUUUUUGAUAGGUUUUUAUUUUUUUGAUACCAGAGGGAAUUAACUAUGAUCACAUCGUGCUCUCUCUGUUCAGCAUCACACCCCCACAUACUGCAGUGUGGGAGUAGAUUGGUACUUACUGAGCACUUAGAAACAUCACGCAUCAGGAACCGGGUCAGGGUGACAGCAUCCUACGGUCAUAUCAUGAAGGAAGCCUCCUUUACAAACCUAAAAAAAACAACCCCCCAGCUUCAGUUUGCUACCAAUUAAGCUAAAGCAGAACGGUCUGCUUCCUCCUCCGCCUGCCCCCUUCUGCCUCUUUUCUGUUGGGGAGAUGCCAAUUCUAAGGAUUUCUCAGAAAAUAAUGUAAUCUCUCAUUCAAUGUCAGGACAUUCCAGCUUAAUUGUACUGAAAGUGCUCCAAUAGGCAUGCUCUCGUUACAUUGGAAUAAAAGCAGAAAAGAGUAAUAGCAGCGUGGGGGAGUCAUUUUUCUUCUUGAGGAACAAUACAUGCUGUUCUGUAUUUUUCCAUUCAUCGCCCAAACCUGCCUGUGUCUUUGAAAUGCAAGUAAGAUCCCAAAGGCAGCUUUCUGAAAGCCCGUGGCAUUUUUAGCAUAUCCCAUCCCCCGUGUGUGUCCUCAUCUUCAGAAUUGAAAGUUAGGAUACUUUUUAAAGUUUCAAAAGAAAAUAAUUUAAAAUGUUAAGGUUUAUCCAUAGAAACACAAUAAUUCUUAACCAAUUCAUGUACCAAAUUCAACAGUAUUAUCUCAUUUUUAGGGUCACAAAUGUGUCCUUUUUGCACUUAAACCUCCUCCCUCUCUCAAAAACAAAAACAAACAAAAAUCACAGCAAGACUGUUUAACAAAUUGUAUCUCAACUCUUAAUAUAUGUUAAGUCUUACCACAGGACUUUUGAAUCAUCAAGGAACAGUUGAAGUUUAUGGAUGGUAGAAUAACAAUGAACUAUGAUAUUAUCACUUUAUUAUAAGCUUUUUGGAAAAUUGGCAGUUGUUACCAUCGAAAUACUCCAUUGCCUGUGUUACACAGAAUUUGUUAUAAUUUUUAAGGGCUUUAAAAAAAUACCCAUCUGUUGCUUCUCCUUCUUGUUUUCUUUUGUGCCCCACCACUUAAAUUACUUGGGUAAAUACCACUCUUCAAAAUUUGAAUACUGUCUAUCAAAUAAGAAGAAGUGUGAAAGAUAUGAAGAAGAAAGGUGAUAGCAAAUUAGAAGAAAAUAAAUGUGGGUGAUUUCUUUUAGUUGAAAGCACAGAGUUUUAUUUUUCACCAGUAUAACUAUUGAGUAGGGUAGGGAGGUCCCCGUAUCCCCAUUUUUAUUUUUUUUGAGAUGGGGUCUCACUCUGUCACCCAGGCUGGAGUGCAAUGGCGCAAUCUCGUCUCACCACAACCUCCGCCUCCUGGGUUCAAGGGUUUCUCUUGCCUUGGCCCCCUGAGUAGCUGGGAUUACAGGCACGCGCCACCACACCCAGCUAAUUUUUGUAUUUUUUUUUUUUAGUAGAGAUGGGGUUUCACCAUGUUGGUCAGGCUGGUCUCAAACUCCUGACCCCAUGAUCUGCCCGCCUCGGCCUCCCACAGUGCUGGGAUUACAGGUGUGAGCCACCGCGCCCGGCCCAUCUCCCCAUGUUUUAGCAUAGACAGCAGUGGCAUUCAGUGGAAGGAGUUCUUCCCCUUCAACAUCGCCCUUCCCAAAGGCCACAUUCUGAUUCUAUUGUUCACCAAAAACUAAUUCCCAGGGAAGCCCGCUCUGGAUGGGAAGGAUGAGCUGCGUGAGCCAUCGCCCACACAGGGAGAUAACCGAACCCCUUUGCCAGCAUCACCACCUCUCUACUGGGGUGAGACACUUCAUUCAGAGCACUGGCUCUGACUCCCAGGGGCAAGUCUUUUUCCCUUUACAACUCCUCACCUCAGCCUCACCUUGACUUUCACUUCUCAACUGCUGAAUUCUAUAAAAUAGCCUUUUAGCAGUGACUCAGCUUUUAGGUGAGCACAGAUAAUGAAGAAAUUGAAGUGCCACCAUUGCACUCCCCCAAGUUGGGGACAUAAACUCGAAUUUGCACCCAGGUCUGAUAAAAGUAACUGAUUGAGGACGCAGAAAGGUGGAUGCCAUUGACAACAUUGACUGUUCUCACAAUUCCUACAGAAAUGAAAGAAAGAGAGGCCCAGCAGACCACACCGGGCCAUGAGGGGAAGCAUGGGAGACAGGCAGAAGCAGGAGUGAGGAGGAACGUGGCUCAGACCCUCUACUGUAUGUUCUGCAGGAAAGGGCAGGGAAAUAGCUAAGACUGGCUGGUUUGAAUAACAGCUCAGACUCUAGGCUAUACAGGCGGUCUCUAGCCAUCUGGCACCUAGCCCUGGGUCGUUAGGAUGGGGGAUAUUGCCUCCUAGGUUGUAAGAGCCAGAUAGAGGAGGAUGGGCUCUGGAUUGGUCACUUUGCUCCCAGGGUAGCCCUUUGCUAUGUCUAAGAAUUGGCUCACCCUGGGAUGGGCAGUUUCUCCUGGGUCAGCGAGGCCCCUGAGAUGUCAAAAUAUCAUAAAAUAUAGAAAUCAUGAUUCAUACAAUUGGUCCUCUGCUGUUUUGACAUACUAAGGUCACUUUUGAUAGCAGAAACUUUUAAAGAGUAGGGCAUACGUUGCCCUGAAGAGCAUAGAAAACAUUUUAUUCUGAGAGUAGAAAGGAGGAAGACACGUGGAGAUACAGGAGUCCCUUAGGCUGGCCCAUAGCUGAGUCUCUCAUGUGUGUGGCAUUAGUCAAGAAUGUAGUUCUGCAGUUUGUGGGGGGGGGCCUCUAACAUUUCUUGGUGCAGUUGUUAACAUGUGUUAAACAUAUGAGUCUGAUGAUGAUAUCGCGGUGUUUCUCGGCUCGGGGUGGCAGGUCUGGCGGUUGUGUGGCUGGGGGUGUGCACUGAUAGUUCAGUAAAGGAUAAGUAGAGACUCGUGGUGUUCAUGUGUCACCACAGGGAGGGAGUGGCUGUGGAGACCCAGGGCAGGAAGUCGCGGUGGAAAGCAGGCUGGGGUGGUAGGAGAAGGCACCGGGGGUGGGUGCUCCUCCCCCAGGGGUUGAGGAGUUGACUGAUAGGGGGCAGUUACCUCCUGGGAAAGCAAGACGCUCCCUUAAGUUUUAGAAUGGUACAGAGAGUAGUCCCUUCUACCAGAGUUUCCAUUUAGACAUGGGAGUGUAGGGGGCCAUGUUUUGGCAGAAGCAGGGCGUGUAUCAGCAUUAGUGGACUCCUCAGUAUUAAAAGGAAGAACAGCAAACAUGUCAUGUGCCCACUUUGUGACUCAGGAGAGGCAGCCCAUGGACAUCGCUAGGGCAGAGGUUUUAAUAUCUGGGACAAAGUUAUCUCCCACGGCGAGGUCGUGGCUGGGACCAUGUCAUCUUCAGCCGUGAGCUGCUGGGCUGGGCAAUGUCUUCUGGGAUGUGAGACGUGGGGUCUCCUUUCUAAGCGGACCCCCGCUUGUGCUGAUGUGGGUCCCAGCAUUUGCCGCGUUUGGUUGAAACAGUGGCUUACCUGGAGGGUCUGGGUCUCUGGAUCAUAAACCAGCGAAAGACCCCACAUCAGUGGUGACAAGAUCAAUAGACCCCAGAAUGUGUGCAGCUGUGCUUGAUAGGGUUUUGGUUCUUGCUUUUUGGUGGAAGUUUAGGCUCAAAUGGGUCCCGUAUCAGAUGAGCAGCUGCACGGCCUGUGGGAGCCCUGGGGUUAGUGGGUCCAGGAGAGAAUGUGUUCUCUCUCUGGGCUCCGGCCCUGAUGGGGUGGGGAUAAGAUCCAAAAUUUAUAGGAAUAGGGGGAAACAUUAUGGAAGGCCCUAAUAUGUAAUGAGCUUUUAUAUACAAGAAUGCAAGACAUAGCCCUCUUUUUAUGUUUAAAGGGGACUAUGGUAAUGUUUUUUAAAGUUUGUGUGAGGUGUGAGUCAACCGAAAGGCCCUAAAUUAAGAGAGGUUCAGGUUUGUGGUGCAAGAUAGAGGCCCAUUUCGGGGUCUGUUUGUAGACCAGAAUUUGAAAUGGAGUUGUUUGAGGAGACCAUUGUGUGUCUUCAUGAAACCUAUUGUGUGGAACCUAUCAGGGCUGUGGAAGUUGUAGCGAAUGCCUUUUCCCAGAGCCCAGCAUUGUGGAUUCCGAGAAGUGGCAUGUGUGUCUCGGUGACUUCCAGUGAUGCCUGCCACUCUGAAGAGAUGAAGGAGUGUCCUGGCAAGACCUGGAAUCCCAGCUGUAGCACCUGUGGAGAGAUGUGAUUUAGAUUUGGAUUUGGGGUAUCUGUGAGGAAGAGUCCCAGAGUUUUUCAUCCUGAAGGGGGCAACUCUUGGGCAGUGGUCCAACAGUUGGCCAUAAAUGUGAAGCUGGGGCCCUGUGCUGACCAGGGCAUCCAGCAUUAAGACGACUGCCUAACUUUGGCCACAUGCGUUUUUUUUUGGGUUCCGUUUUGUAUCAGGGCAUGCUGGCUAAAAGAUGGGAAGCAGCAACAUUCUCUUGGGCUCCAUCAUUUAUAUGAGGGUUGGCAAUGCCAUCUGUACCCUCUGUGAACUCCCACUGCUGUUCAGUUAAUCUAAGGGACACCAAGGGGUCUGUGGGAGGAUGACCUCACAAGGGACUGAGGACACGGGAGACCACCCUCCUGUGGGUAGAAUACACCAGAGGGCCCAGGCUUGACUCUGUCCUGUGUUAAGGAGGCAUCGGUAGUUUUGCUGAGCUUGUCAGGUGUUUAUAAUGGACAGUUGGAGAUUGGGGUCCUAGGCUUAGGUCUUUGAGAGCCUCUGUGUCCAGGAGAGCCCAGUAGGCAUCCAGCCAUUUACUGCUUUAAUAGGGUAGCAUGAGGCUGAGAGGGAUAGUUUCUUGCAUCCGAAGCCCUUAGGCACCUUAUGUCCAUCCUAAGUGGGCCAGAGACUCCAGGCCUGCACAGAGCUUGCCAGAGCUUCUAUAAUGAAGGGGUCUCUGAGGGCACCAACAGGAGUGCCCAUGGAUUUUAAGGUUGGAUUAUAGAGGUUGUUUAUGGAGGGUGCCCCAUUUAAAGCAAGCUGAUUUGUAAGCAGCAGCAAGAAGAUUAAGUAAAAUUUGUAAAUGAGGACUACAUUGCCAUCAGAACCUUGAAAGUAUCUAAAGAUGUUGGGCUUGUAUGUCCUUAAUGAGUGUGACAGUGAGUCUCCUCAUUUGUGCUCCUGGAGAAGGUGGAUGUGGCAAAGACCCUGUCUGCAGACGUUGUGUGCCAUGGCAAAGCCGUGGAGCUCCCUGUGGGUGGCCCGCAAAGGUGUAUGUGCCCCUCAGGGCAGAAGGCAAACGGCAGCCAAGAAGCCGUGCAAGUAGAUACUUAAUGGGACAUGUUAGCCGAAUCUGUAAGAGCAAAAUAUUGGCCAGUUAUUUAUUGUGUAGAAUUAAUAAUUUUAAUAAUAAUGAAAAUUGGGUAACGGAUGGGACCGCAGCGAUAAGGCUGUAGUAAUCCACCAUGAGGCACACUUUUUUUUUUCCAGGUUUAAGGAUAGGAAAAAUUGGGCUGUUCAAUGGAGAAACAAGGGUAUAAUCACCCCUUUAUUAAUUAGUAAGUUUUAAUCCUUGAAUACCUCAUAUUAACUGUUUUAACUGGAGGUCCAUGGGGCAUUAUUUUAUCAAGCUAGUUUAUAACUGCCAAAGACUGACUUUAAUUUUAAUUUAUUAUUUGUUUUAUUAGAGUGUCUGUGUUCAAUAUGGGAUAUUAGGGCGUUGGGUACUAUGACCACAGGAAAUUUAGACAGGCUACAGUUAAAGUGAAGCAUCCACCUUACCCAUCCACCCCCCAUUUUAUAUUUAGUUGCCUUUUUAAAAAAAUUAUAGGGGUACAAUGUUUAGAUUUAGUGGGAUCUCCAGGUGUAACUGUAAUUUGAGCCCCAGUGUUAAGACUAUGAAGCUUUGUCAAUGGGUACAUUUUAGCAAAUGUUACAAUUAAUUUAGAACCUAAGUUAUGGAGACACAAAAGCCAAUAGGCACCCUUUUAUGUUUUGGUUAAAUGUUUUAGUAUAUACAUCUUAUUUAUUUGUAAUAUUAGUAUAUAAUUUGUUGUAUACAUUUUUAGUGUAUAAGCGUUGGAUUUCUAAUUGGAUCAGAUUAGGGACCUUCCGUUUAGCUGCAUAUGUACAUAUACAUGUACAAUUUAUUAUAUAUUUGCGCUAAAAUAGCCUAUCUACAUGUGUAUAUAUGUGUGUAUGUGUAUGUAUAUGCGCUCACACGCAUAAAUACACAGUCUAUUUAGUUACCUUUAAUGUUUUUUCCCUCGUACCUAGGCUUUUUCUCGCUUUUUCCUUAUUUUCUGAUUUUGUGGCAAUUUAGUUGGAAGGAGGCGGUCCCAGCAUGUUGACAGGCAGGGUGUUCAGAGUGCCCAGGCACACUGGCAGGGGGUGGUUACAGGCUCACGUAGCUCAGGGGCUUCUGCAGGUCUCAGGGGAGUGGGAACAAAGUGUCCCACCCCUUCCCCUUUUCCUUAAACCUCAAGCCACUGGUCUCUAUGGAUAGAUCCUUUGCGUCCCACUGGAUUGAGGAAUGAGUCACAACAGCUGCAAGGCUCUUAAAGCAACAUUUAAACCUUUUGGCGGCUGUCAUUUCUGUGAGGAGGGUGCCUCUCACCGGCCACAUGGCCGGAGGAUCCCUGCAGCGCUUUGGAGACCAACACCCAGAUCCUUUGCCCAGGAGUGCGAUUAAUUCCUCACUGGAUGCUGGGGGAGGGCCCCUCAGGUGAGCAGCCCACCACUGACUUCAGCGUUGCUGGCUCGGUUAUCAGACUCUCAUCCAACACAAGCUCACAGGGAAAGCCAUUCCUUGCUUCUUGUGGAGGGAGUUACCGUCAUUGCCCUGAGACCACCAGCCAAGAAAAUAGGUAUGUCCAGGUAGGGAAUUCAGAGGGACCCAGUGCAUCCAAUUAUACAAUUAUACCCAGAAGGUCCUGUGUAGGGGACUGCGAUUGACAUCACCCUAGUCUGCAGCACCAAGGACUGAAUGAGCUCAGUCCUCUUAUAAUUUAGGCUGGACUGUCACAGACACUCUGGCAGACACAGCAUACAUGGUGCAGCCAAAGUGCAAACAUGCCAGCAGCGGCCAUGCUCCCCAGGGUGGGGGUCCAGUUAGUAAGCCGCACGCAGCCAAGAGGCGAGGCAUGCCCUCUGCCACACACGGACUCACCCUGCUCACUGUGCCCGUGGUAUCAAAAUGUACCCACGUUUAAUUCAUAAAGGAGAGGCUGCUGUCAUUGAAAGAAAAGUUUGUUACUUGCAUUUCUGGAGAAAAGGAGCGCACCAGGCCAUGCAGGGCUACAGGAGGAGGAGGCACCAGAGUGGUCAGGAGGCAGAACUAGGCGAGCAGCUUUCCACUGUGUCUCCAUGGCAAAGGCGAAGAUGGGUGGGGGCAGAGUGUAGGACUGGCAGGUUUGAAUGUCUUGGGCAGUAGCUACAGGGGUGGUCUCCAGCUGCCUGGUGCCUGGCCCUGGGUGAUUAGGGUGAGGGGAUAUUGCCUUCUGCAGUGGAAGAGUCAAAUCGAGGAGAUGGACUCUGAAUUGGUUAGUGUGCAAAGGUGCACUCCCAAGGGACCCCUUUGCUAUCUCUAAGAAUUGGCCUGCCCUGGGAAGGGCAGUCUCUCCCCAGUCAGUGAGGUUCCCGAGAUGUGAAAACAUUAUACAGUAUAAAAAAGCAUGAUUAAUGUAAGCUCAUUCUAGCAUUUCAGGUUACAGCUUCUAGAAGAGGUUUGUAGUCUCAAAUGAGUAGGUUUUUCCUCUAGAGAGGGGUGGGCCUGGACCUUCAAGCACCCCUUGGUGUGUUUAGGAGCUCAGGAGCAGAAGCACCUGCCUGCAGCCCUGCAGCUAAGGAAGUUCUCUCAGUCACUCAGAGCAGGGAGGGGCUGGGAGAGGCAUGUGAGGCUCCCGGGGUACUACGACAGCCCCCGAGGUGAAGGAUUGGCCCUGAUCAUAAUAGAGAACCCUGAGGAAGUUUACUGUCAUGAGUCUCGGCUGGUUGGCGCAUGUGACCUUUGAAGGAUGAAGAUGGAGUUUGCAACAUGAGUAUCUCUAACCUUUUGCUUUUCAGGGAUCAUUUUCAAAAAUUGCAUUGGGGCCUUCAUUAUUUACCAUAGUAUUUUCACUUUCAUAGUUUUGUCACCUUUUUGUACUGCGAACAGUUCGACCAGUGACCGACUUCUCUCUCAUGCUGUUUACCCCACACACAAUUUCCCACUCAAUUCUGAAAAUAAGAACCUGUUAAUAGGUUGGAAAGCUGUGUACUCUAUUCAUAUAUUGUUCUUUCAUGCUAGUGGAGAGUGGUGUCAUUAGCAUCUUAAUUUUAGAGUUGUGAAAUGAUUUUACCAAUUAGGAAUUGAAUGUGUAUUUUUUUUCUGUUUAAUAAGAAGAGCAAAUUUGAAUAAAUAAGCCGGUGUAGAUAAACUUAAUAAUCAUGCUUUUUCUUGUUUGGAGAUAGGUGAUGUGUUGUCAUAUCCUGUGAUACAGGUCACUCAUCUGGCCUUCUGUUUCUGAAGUUUAAGUCUGGUUUGAAUAUGUAAUAAUACUACUCAGCAUUUCUUGUUGCCUAAGUGAGACGAAACUUAAAUGUUAUGAUAUUUACUUCAUGUAUUCUUGUACUGUUCAUUUCAAUUAAUUGGUAUUGUAUAUCUAAUAUGUGAUAUUUGAACUGAAUAAAACUUACAGUGUUGUAAAUGUUCUUUAAUAAAUAAUCACACCUAAGUAAUAGGCUAGACUGAUGAGAAAUUAAAUCAAA